GUCACUCCGUAUUGUGCGCUUCAAUAUUAGUGAAAAUAUACGUUCUUAUAAUUCACGAACCUUAUUGAUACACCAGAAAGGUGUAGUUUACAGACGCUUUACUUGAAUGUGACUACUAACAAACGUUUUAACUAUGGCAACGAAUAACUCCACACGACAUGAGCAGCGAGCCUUCGCCUCCGGUAGCCGGCAAACGCCGGACGUUGAUGAUCAAUUCAUCGAAAAGCUGGGAUACUAUCGCAAGCACACGGCCACAGACUCUACCUGCCUGUUUCGAACGGUGGCGGAGCAAGAACAUGGCGUUCAGAUGUACCACGAAAGUGUACGUCGGAUUUGUGUGGCAUUUAUGCGGGGAAAUAAGCAUUUAUUCGCCAAAUUCGUGAAAGGACCUUUUACAACUUACUUGGCUAACCUGGCUUUAACGCGUACGUAUGGCUCGUUGUUGGAGUUGCGGGCGUUGGCAAUGUUCUACAAAGCCGAUGUUUUCAUUUAUGAACCGCUUUCGACUGGCCGUUGGUUUUACCAGAAUUUGGACGGGUCUGAGAAAGUCUGGAGACUGUUCGUUUGCCGGGCAAACCACUUUGAUUCGGUGUACCCGUUAGAGCAUAUGCAAGAGGCAGCCUUCUGUCAAUCUCUGGUGUAUGAGGUUUUGUACAAAGGAGUGUUUCAAAUACCUGAUGUGGAGUACGCUGUAGAGCGUAUGCUGUACGAUCCGAAAAACAUCACUACAUCCUAUGGAAAGGAUCAUGAAGGACGACCCAUUGCCAUCACCGGAGAUGGUCGGCAGCUCGUAUUAAGCAGACGCGACAAUACCAAGUGUAUUUUGUCAAACUUUCAACUGUGCCACUUCCACAACAACGUGAAUUUCACCAAGGUGCGACGUUUUUUCUUGGAGCACGGCAACGACGCAGGGUACCGAUUGUACGGGCAGUUUAGCGGAAGCAACUACCAAGUAAGGGCUGGUAGAGUACCGAAUCCUCUGCUGAUGGGCCGGGACAUUUCGUGUGUACGCCAGCUGCUAAACGAAGGAGUCAUGCCGUUUGCCUACAAGGCGGCGAAGGCGCUUGAUGCCUAUAUUUAUCGUAACGUCGAGUUCGACGUCUGGAAGCUCGCAAACAUGACAAAAACUUGUGAAACGAUAUACCGGAACGGAAGGAAAUACCUUUACCAAUCCAACAAUUCCCUUAAGGUGUGUCGCAUUGAGAACAUUCAGUUUGAAAAAGGAACACGUAUGGUACGAAUGAGUCAAACUCACGGUUUGGUAAAUGUUCAGCUAGCGUCGCUAAAGCCGUACCCUUUCGCUACUCUGCAUGGAGGACAUAUUCCUGGAAAAGCGAUGAAACUCGAAGGGCAAGCUGAAAUAGAGCAGUCGUCUUUUAAUGACCGCAGCGAACGAGUCCAAGUAAAAUACUACGACGCUGUAGUAAAUCGAUCAAGCCAAAGGGAACACGCUGCAUCCGGAGGGAUAGAAAAACCUUCACUAACAGCUAACUACUCCGGCAAUACGAAUUGGGCGCCUUGGAAUAACAAUGUACCAAUGCCCAUGCCGUUGAUGCUACCUCCCCCGGUACCGUACGAGAACUGGGCAUCAUCACCCGUUGGAGCCUUGGGAGGGCAUUUCGUUCCGACAACACCAGACACCCAAAUGUGUCCACCAAAUUACGAUCUUGAAGGACGUCUAACCGGUGGUUCAUGUUUUGCAGUGUCCCAGCGAGUAUCUCCUAGUGGGGUACAGUUGUACGAGGUGAAUGAUUCCCCGACUGACGAGGAACUACACCUCCUGCAACAGGAACUCAUGCAACAGUCUCAUUUGGCGCAACAACGUCAGCUGCAGGAACACGUGUUGCACCAUCAGCAAGAGCAGAUGCAAUUCCAGUUACAAAAUCAACAGCAGCAGCCGCAAUCACAUCCACAUCAUCAGCACGGCGGUCAACUACCGUUUUCUGUCUUUUCGUUCCAACAUCAUAGCAAUUGCCCGGUGCAGAACUCUAUGUACGGAAUGUUGGUGUAUGUUGAUUCCUCCCAGCAGCAUCAAUUGAGCCAAGCCGCCGCUGUUGGCUAUGAACCGGUUUCGUGUGCCGGUCCGACACAUUACAUACCGGGUGUUUUUCAUUAUCACCCGUACAGUGGCGCUGAUCCUGUUGCCGCGGGUCCAUUUGCUGGCCAAUCCGUCAUGAUGCCGUACAACAACAUGGAUUUGGAAAAUGCCUACGGAUAUCCCGGAAACAAUUUUUAGCAUAUCCUUAUAAUCGCUCAGGUGGUGGGUGAAAGGGUAACUUGUUUACUUUUAUAUUAUUAACAUUUCUUUCCUUUUGAAUGCUUAGUAUUCGUUUUACAUUUUCUAUGUUUCACUGCUUUCAAAUUUUGCUAAUGGACUUGCUUGCAAGCCUUCGAUAUUCUUCAAAUUUAGAAACAUAUUAGCAUUUUUAUUUUUUCACACGUAUUCUAAUACUCUUUUUUAAUUAUCAUAUAUCUAUGUGCUUAAAACUUGUUUUGUCGAUAAACAAUAAAAGCAUUGGCAAAAAAGACGUC